AUGAUACACCCCCAGCAAGAAUCUGAAAUGAUCCGCAACAUCGCCAUUCGAAAGUGGUCGACUCGUAAGUUUGUUAUCCAACAAUACCUAUUUUCGCCGAAAGAACCUCACGUACCAUUUUACAAACCCUUUAGUGGCAUCCCUAGCAAUAUUACUCUACGAAUACGCGAUUACACUCAACGAAGAAAUGUUGUAUAUUUGGAGGUAUGGCUUAUUCGUCUUAACAGUGUUUGUGAACAACAUCUUGACACCUCGGAAAGCAUCAAUGUGUUUUUGGUCUUCUGGCCGUUUUCUGUCACGGAUAUAGCGGAGGAUACUUGCAAACGAUGGUUCACCAUGCAGAUCACCGCAGUAUGUGCACUGAUGGCGCUCAUGGAUGGCAUCCUCAUGCUUCGAGUCUAUGCGCUGCACAAGAAGAACCGACGGGUGGGCGUUCUCCUUGGUGCACUUUUUAGCGCACAAACAGUCGUUCAGGCAGUAUGCGGCCAUCUAGCGUCAAACGUGCCGUACGACGGUUUCUGCGACACCCUCGAAGCCCACAGCGCCGUCCUCUAUUUUUGGUCAUAUUUCCGUGUGGGUGACACACUUAUCUCUGGCCGCGUUGAUUGCGAUGAAGCGGGACUUAAUGCACCUGAAAGUUCCCGUAGUGAGGAUCGUGACUCGGGAUGGGGCGUUAACUAUGAUUACAAUCGUCUUAAUUACCCCAUGGACCAUAAUCAACCAGGUUUCCAAAGCUCACGUAGCCUUCGGCUGGCCAUUAUCCAUAAUUCCCUCGACGUCAACGGCAAUGGAACAGGACAUAGACUCGAUCCCGAAGACCUCACAGAAUUGACCUCAGAUAUAUAUACCUAUCCUCUGGAACUUCAGUGA